AUGAGUAACAACAUCUUGAAGUUUGUAAUGCCAGACACCAUGAUCGACAUCCUUGGCAGUGCGAAGGCAAAAAUCGAGCUAUCUGGCCUGACCAUUCCGGCGGGGGGGUUCUUCGCGACCCGCCUCGCAGCACAGGUCAGCGGGGCCGACGACUUGACGCCACAUUAUGUCGAGUCAGUUGGCAAUUUCAUUUGGAAGCAGCCCAAUCCGGGACAUCCCGUUUCUAAAGUGAUGUCAUCUGCGGGCGGUGGCAACGAAAUGCCAUUCCGUGGCGACCAGAACAACGUGUUGUACGCGAGAAUAUUGUUGUCGUCGACUCUAUUGGCCGUUGACAGCACCGCGGGGGGAGAUGCGUCUUUCACGUUGACGUUGCCGCCUGGCUACACCUGCCUCAACGAGCAGUCCUCCGCAGAUACCCUCCCGGCUCUGGCCGAAGUGCCCCAGGGCAGAGGCACUCCGUCCGACGGCACUGCGUCCAUUGGCUGGAGCGUCAACGGGUCCACGUGCACCUACACCCCAGAGCAUCCCCAUUCUCGGGCCGGCUCCUCUCUAAUUGUCAGGAUCGUGACGAACAAUCCCGCGGACGCGCUGGAGCGAAGCGACUCGACAAAUCUGUGGAAGGUCGAGAUGACGGGCAAAGGGAGACACCCCACCGAGCAGCAGAAGACCCAGAAAUACCCGUUUGUGGCAAAUGUGAACGAUGAGUUCUACCAGGCAAACGUUGCUGUGCUCGGUCGCAUCAGCGACACGUUCUGCCAGGCCACCGACCUCGCUCCAGUGCUGUCUGGUCAACCGCUGUAUGUGAGAGUGUUCUUCCGGCCAGAGUCGCAGGUAGAGAGCGGAGGGCUCGUCCGGGUGGUCGCGCCCGUGGGGUAUUUGUUCAGCGCCGUCUGCUUGGCCGAGGACUUGGAGGAGAUGUACUACGCCGCCGACGACGGCGGUCAGUCCACCCUCCGGCUGCCAGGGAUCGCGUCCUGCACCUCCACCGUGGCUUUGCAGGCGGACAUCCGAGUGGAGAACAUCUUGCGGUUUGGCCAGCUCUACGGCUUCAAGCUGCGGGUGCAAGACGAUACCACCGUGGCGGAAGCGGGGGACGACUGGAACAUCUACACGGCCGACGCGGACGACUACCUCAUCGACGGUACCCAGGAGUCGAUGAGUUGCUCUUUCGGUUCCGGUCGGUAUUGGGGGCCGCGCAUGAGCAGCACGUUGAUCGCGACGAUGUUCAUUGAUGACAUGAGGCCAUAUGACAUGACGCAGGCGUGCACUUACGUUUCCGUGCUCAUAAGCAAAGUGCCCAGCGGAGAGAGUGGCCCCAUCCAUUUCUUCGCUCCAGAGGGGUAUGAGUGGGACCUGACCUGCCAAUACACCAGCGCCCCAUUCCCCGCGGGGACGCCGGUGCAAAAUGGCGCCACGCUCACGUGGAGUUCGGCCACGUUUUCGAACACGGUGGUUUACCAGUUCUCUGCGCCGAUCAGAGUACCGCACAAAGCCCCGACUGCCUCGAGCCACACCUUCUUCUUGCAGUUCGGCGAGGUUGCCGCAGCUGCUCUCGACGCUCCCCUUGUGAGGGCUCUCAAGAACGCGGAUGUAGACUACACCUCGACUGUCGUGGCCAAAGAGAACCAGCUGCAGUUCCAGGUCGAAACUGUGACCGACAUCCCCGCGGAGGGGGGCAUCGCCAUCGUCGCGGCCGCGGGGUUCACUUUCGAGACAUCGUGCGACGUUGUCGCCGCACUCGACCCCACGCUGCCGGCGCCACCCGACCUGGUCUGCAGUGCUGCGCUGGACCCAGCGCUGGAGAGGUACAGACUGAGGCUGCAGGUGCCCGCCGGAGGGUCGCUUCCGGCGGGGCUGCACUACUUCGCCGUGCUCGGAGAGAAUCCGGAGGAUCCCGUGCUGAACUACCCGGACUUGGCCAGCCCGUGCGGGACUUCGGAGUGCUGGCUGUUCGACACCUACGAGAACCUCAACGGUGACGACGCAGACUUGGGUCAGGCGACGAAGCUCGACCACGGCACGGCUGCUCAGGGAUUCAGCCUCAGAACGCAGAUGUACGACGCCGCGCUGCCAGAAAUCAACGACGCCGAGCGCUUUGCGACUGGCAGAGAUGAUCGCCCCCUUAUGGCGAAUAGCGUCAUCUUUAGUUUCGAGGUCAUCGAGGCCAUCUCAGGCCCCAUGACUUUGAUAUUGCGCGGCCCUGCCGGAUUCGUCUUCGAGGAGGACUGCUUGAGCACCGUGGAGGUGAGCCAAAGCACCGUGUUCGGCGUCGGCAGCAAGUUCCCACCAGAAUACGUUGUCUGGCCAGCUGGUAUUUCUGUUACUGAAUGUACAGGUAGUAGUGCAGACGCGCACUUGACUUUGGAGAUGGCAGAUAGCAGCGCGGCCUUCAACGUGGGAAGUCUGCAUGUCUUCCGGAUCGGUUUCACAAAUCCCGAGGAGACGCCCGCGGAGAAUUAUUGGACGAUCGAGUUGGCACCUGUCAUCUCCACUGGCCAGUCUUCCUCGCGCUUCGACGGCCUGAGUCUCUGGGCACUGACCAACACGGAUGUCUCUGCCAUCUCCACGUCGCGCGUGCAGUACGGAGAUGAGGUCCUCGAGAAUCCAGUCACCAUCAGCUUCCGCCCUCACAAUAGCGUGGCGAGCACAGGCUACAUCAUCGCGGAGGCGCCCACCGGCUUCACCUUUGUGCACCUGUCCUCGAUGGUCUGCGAGGCGUCUCUCGAAGAGGUACCCUACAGCGUGCUCGGCGUUCAGUACCCAGGCUACGAGUGGGCUAGCGAGGACAUAAUCUGUGUCGUGGACGCGGCGAACACGGCAAUGGCCACAAUCUCCUUCACGGAUACAUAUCCGUUGACGUCGAGCUUGGACUACGCUCUGGUGUUGAAGGUUCUCAACCCGAACACGCUUACGGGAGAGCCGACAGAGUGGAAGAUUACAACUUGGGAGCAGGAUGGUACGGCAUUGGAUGGAGGUACGAUCACGUCAUUUGUUGUCAACGAGGUGGUGUUCACAUUCGAGUACGCCAACAUAGAACAGAAUGGCGGCGCGACGCUCCCAAACAAUUUUAAUUUCAAAAUGCAGUUGCCCGCAGAGCUGCUUCCAGGCGACAUGAUCGUCCUGACAGGGCCCCCAGGCUUCGUCCUCGACCAGACCGUCUGCGACGGCCUCACUUGGUAUUUGACAGAGGACGUCGCCCCCGUCGCAGGGUAUUCCCCGCUGCCGCAGCCGGACUCGACAGUGACUUGCACGGGGGACGAAAUUCGGCUAGAUGUUGAUGGACCCGAAGACCAGAUGCCGGUGGCAAACAUGGUGCUACAGUUCCACGUGCCCCUGUCCAACCCCACGAGCACGCCGCAUGAGCAUUUCAACUUCUGGAGCUGCACUCACCUCGACGCUGCUGGCAAUAUUAAUAGCAUGAAGGCGAUUACCUCUUGGGAAAUCUUCCCACAGAUUGCCGACGUGACAUUCAAGCUGCUUGGCCCUCUCUUGGCUGCCGGCUCCUCGUCAUCUGUGAGAUUGACCUUCAGGCCUGUAUCGAACGCAGAGGAUGUCCUCAUCUCAGUGUCCGAGCCGAGCGGGUUCAAUUUCGAUGCGGCCAUUGUUGCGGAUCCCAAGCAGAUUGCCGUGGUCAAGUCUGGAAAUUCUAUACGAAUUCAGGCAGCGAUCGCAGCAGACACUGUGACCACCAUAAUGUUGAACAAUGUCAUUCUGGGACAAGGAGGUGGCCAGACGGAGAUCACGUUGACGACCUACACGGGUGGGCUCUUCCAAAACGGAGUGUGGAUCGUGGGCGAGCAGCUCGACGAGAUCAGCCAGUUUUCUGGAGGUUUCAGAUUGCCGGGAGAUCUCAAGGUCAUCUCGGAAACGUUGGAGAACGAGUUCCAGCAGAACAGCAAUGUUUAUCCAGUUGAGUCCCAGUGGUCCGUGCAGAUGGACCAGGUGGCGUAUGCCAAGUUCGAUUUCUACGUAACGCAGACUGCCUUCGUUGGCACGGAACUGGUGAUUUCUGGAAGCCCUUACGUUCCGAUUUCUGGUCAGUUCUUGGUCCAGAAGAAGCAGACCACAGUGUCGCUAUUCGCUGGCAGCGCAGUUGCGGAAGUCAUUGGUACGACUAACAUUGUUUUUGCCAAUGGUAGUUUGCGGGCGAUUUUGGAGGAUGUUUUGGUGGCAUACGAGAUCUACCAGGUAGAAAUGUCUGUCAUGACGCCAAGGCCGUACGAGGUCCAGGCGGCAGAGAGUUCCAGCAUUGGAAACAUAUAUUGGACUAUCAACACAGAGGACGGUGAUGAACUCCCUGUCAACACUAACGAUGCCGAGUCCCGCGCGUUCAAGGUAGUAGAGCAGCUUGGUUUCAACGUAUCUUCUGCGUUUUCACCGCCGACAGCAGAGGUUACAGUUUCUCUCACCAUCAGUGUGGGACUGUACCAUCCGACAGAGCUUACUAUCGUAGCGCCUCUGGGCUUCACCUUUCCCACCGACUGCCUGGUGUUCGGCGGCAUCGAGGUCCUCGCUUGCGAGCCGGGUGUGGCGCUCAAUGGAAG